UGUAAUCGAGAAUUUAAAUAUGCGCUGAUGAGAUUUAUGCUAGGCCUCGAUCCUACCAAUACUUAUAACGGUUCCAAUUCCGUAUUCACUGUUGGAGAGCUCACCUCACUCACCGAUGAGAAGGCAUACCCGAGCCUGGAAAUAAAUCAACCCCCAGGAGGGGCAAUCAACUAUUCCACUUCACCACCGACCGGUGCAAACUAUCAGGACUACCUAAUAGGCGUCCAGUCAGUGGUCAUAGAUCCAUUAGAUCGAUUAUGGAUACUCGAUACUGGCCGUGCCUUGACCCCUGAUGGCGUAUUAGUAUCAGCGACAUACGGCGGCCCGAAACUCGUCGGGGUUAGUCUCACAACUAACUCAGUCUUCAAGACAAUCGUUUUCCCACCGACCGUCGCUUACGGCGAUACUUAUCUGAAUGAUGUGCGAUUUGAUCUUCGUUCUAAUCUUUCUGAUUCAUCAGGCGAAGGUUUCGCGUACAUCACGGAUAGUAGUGCCGAGGGCCACAAUGCACUAAUCAUCGUCGAUCUCGGUUCAGGGGAAAGCUGGAGACAUCUAGGACUCACCAAGUCCGUUCGCGGUGAAUCGCAAUUCUUGCCGUUUAUUUGGGGACAGCCCGGGUAUUAUACCGACGCAGGAAGACCGUACACGAGUUUUCCCAUCGGAUCUGACGGCAUUGCAAUAUCCGCCGACGGUGAGACGUUGUAUUGGUGCCCGCUAUCAUCCCGGUAUAUGUACAGCGCCCCGACUGCCCUACUUCGUGCGCGAGGACAAGCCAGUGAACUCCUAGCACAACAGUCUGUAUCAAAUCAUGGGCAGAAAGGGGUGAGCGAUGGCCUUGAAACGGACAACAACGGUAUUAUUUACGUUGGGAAUAACGAGGGGAAUGCUAUCAAUUUAUUUAACCCGAGCAACGGGACUACAUUGACAUUCGUACGCGAUCCGAGGAUCAAUUGGGUAGAUACAAUGUCGGUCGCCUCUGACGGAUACCUGUAUUUUACUGUUAACCAGCUUAACUUCGGUUCAUCCACGUUCCCCGGCACUGAUAGGAGAGUAAGACCUUUCGCACUCUUCAAGGUCAAACUUCCCAACGGCGGGUCGAAGGUGUCGGUUGUGUAAACUUAACAUUGAAGCUUCCAAGCGUGGCAGUUGUAGUAUAUGAAAACGCAAUCCUCCAUACUACAGUCUAUAUUUAAUUGAAUCGUCAAAGGCCCCCAAAUCAACCUCGGAACGCGCCAGGCCAUAGUCUUAAGCUCCCCGUAACUGCCGAUGGUAGCCAUAGUCUAUGGACUGAAGUUCAAUGUUUGUAUAACCAUGGCUCCCAGUACUCUACGUUUAGUCCCAUCUCGAACGAGACGUUUUCCGAAAGAAUGUCGCCACUCCCGUUAAGCCAUGAAUAUGAACUUGUGGUAGCAGCUCAGGGGUGACAUCUCUGAACACUUCUGAAUUUGAACC